CAACCGCAGCGAGGCGGAAGAAGCCGAGGGCCGGCUACCUGUGACCGGGUGGAGCGCGGGAAGUAUGGCGGCCUCGGGGCCCGGGAGUCGCAGUUGGUGCUUGUGUCCCGAGGUGCCAUCCGCCACCUUCUUCACGGCGCUGCUCUCCCUGCUAGUGUCCGGGCCCCGCUUGUUCCUGCUGCAGCCGCCCCUGGCGCCCUCGGGCCUGUCGCUGCGGUCCGAGGCCCUGCGCAACUGGCAAGUUUACAGGUUGGUGACCUACAUCUUUGUCUAUGAGAACCCAGUCUCCCUGCUCUGCGGUGCUGUCAUCAUCUGGCGCUUUGCUGGCAAUUUUGAGAGAACUGUGGGCACCGUCCGCCACUGCUUCUUCACCUUGAUCUUCGCCAUCUUCUCUGCGAUCAUCUUCCUGUCAUUUGAAGCUGUAUCGUCAUUGUCAAAGCUGGGGGAAGUGGAGGAUGCCAGAGGUUUCACCCCGGUGGCCUUUGCCAUGCUAGGAGUCACCUCUGUCCGCUCUCGGAUGAGGCGGGCCCUGGUGUUUGGUGUGGUGGUGCCCUCGGUGCUGGUGCCCUGGCUCCUGCUGGCUGCCUCUUGGCUCAUCCCCCAGACCUCCUUCCUGAGCAACAUCUGUGGCCUUCUGGUCGGACUGGCGUAUGGUGUCACCUACUGCCACUCCAUCGACCUCUCGGAGCGAGUGGCGCUAAAGCUCGACCAGAAGUUCCCCUUCAGCCUCAUGAGGAGGGUCUCCGUGUUCAAGUACAUCUCCGGGUCUUCAGCUGAGAGAAGGGCUGCCCAGAGCCGGAGGCUGAACCCUGUGCCUGGCUCCUACCCCACACAGAGCUGCCAUCCUCAUCUGUCUCCAAACCACCCUGUCACCCAGAUGCAGCAUGCCAGCRGCCAGAAACUUGCCUCCUGGCCAGCCGUCCCUGGGCACAUGCCCAGCCUGCCCCCGUACCAGCCCACCUCCGGCCUGUGUUAUGUGCAGAACCACUUCGGCUCGACCCCUAACUCCUCCAGCGUCUACCCGGCUUCUGUGGGGACCUCCAUGGGGGUCCAGCCCCCUACCCCCGUCAGCUGCCCUGGCACAGUGUAUUCUGGGACCCUGGGCACCCCAGGGGCUGCAGGCUCCAAGGAGUCCUCCAGGGUCACCAUGCCCUGAGAGAACAUUUAGGGAAGACACCUCACGUCUCGGCCUUCCGAGGAAGGUCCUGUCAGCUGAUUUUCUUGACAAAAACUUAUUUAUUGAAUACCUCCUGUGCCAGGCCGUGUCGAGUACCUUGAUACAUGUCCGUUUCCGCCCUCUUCGUGCUCCCAUCGGCUCUGUAAAGUAGUUUACACAGACACUCUGUGACAUCAUGGGAUCCUGUGGCCCUGGUGGCCCAGCUGGGGUUCCUCCCUCCUGGCUCAGGGCGCCUCCUAGAGGACGUGGGAGGGAAGGGCUGCUGUCGGGCUGCUGAUGGCUCUCCAGUGCUACCUUCCUUCCUGUCUCUACUCUGCACACGCUCUGUCCCCUGCAGUGUCCCUGUGUCUGUGCUGGGCAGCCCCCAGGCCUCUGUAAUAAAUCUCCCCCAGUCACCCGCACCCAGACUCCGUGCCCAGCUGCGGUGACCUGUGUCGUGUCCUUGACCUUGGUAUAAAGAACCAG